AUGGUCGCAACUUGCGGAGAUGAAUGUAUCAAGGUCGUGCGAAUGAGCGACUGGAAAAAGAUCGCGGUGGAGUAUUUAGACAUAGAACCGGCUCCACCAAGUUCUCACGCCUCUGUGACUAGUGGAUCUCCUUCCCCCACAUCUUCGCCAGCUACGUUUACGGACAUUCCAGGAUCUAACUCAAGCAGUGGACCAAUACAGACACUCUCGUCGUGUUUCGAAGACCUUCAAUGGACUCCUGACGGACGCAUUCGGAGUGUUGGCUCGCACAGCGGCUGUCUGCACAACUUUCUGAUCCUCAGAUCGGCACUGCAGUCUCCGUUAUUCGACCUGGACUUGCAGUUUGCAGCUGUGCUGAAACCCAUCGCCCCAUGGACAAUGCUCUUCACCACGGGCUUCAUGUUAUUCGCUGUGUUGCUCGUGCUCAGUGUCCAAUCUGACGUCUCGUUCAUCGACGUCUUUCGCGCGCUGACCGGCUUCGUCGAAGGACUAUGA